AUGCCCACCUUCUUCCCUAGUGUGGUGCUCAACCCCCACGUUCAGCUCUCCGCCAGUGCAGUCGGGGCGUUGGCCAUUGCGCAUAACCCUCUGUUCGUGGAGGCUGAGAAGAAAGUCUCGUACAAUUGCUGCAUCCAGGGUACCAUCCACCUUCAGAUCCAGAUGGAAAAGAACACCUUCGCACCGGGGGAGGGAAUUGUCUUCACCACGGAGAUCGGCAACCACACCGGCAAGCGCAUCAAGACGGUCGUCUUCGCCCUCUACGCCCACGUGCGGUACGAGGGCUUCACCCCCAAGGCGGAGCGGCGGUCGCGGGAGGACAGCAGUGAGCUGCUCCGGCAGGAGGCCAACACCCAGAUCGCACCCUUCGACACCACCAAGAUCGUCAGCACCCUCAACCUCCCACAGGUGCUGUCCGUGAGCAGCAGCACCCGGGGCGGCGAGAUCAUGAGCACCCGCUAUGAGCUGGUCAGCACGGUCCAUCUGCCGUGGUCCCUGACCUGUGUGAAGGCCAAGGUUCCCAUCAUCGUCACCGGUGCGCCUGUGGAUACCGCCGGCUGCCAGCCGCUGGAGGGGGCAGCGUUACCCGUGACAGGAGUGCCAGAAUUAAGCGCCCAAACUUCUAAAUAUUAA